GUUGAAAUAGACCAGAAAGGGCCUCCACAUCUGCAUUUACUUUUCUUCUUUCUUUAAUUUUCAUUUGUUUGAAAGUAUGGAAAAAUAUGCAGCCUCCUAAGACAGAAGGAUUUUGAAGUUUUUUAGUCUUUGAAGGAAAAUGUUACAAGCAGGCAGGACAGUUUAAAGUCUGGGGAAAGAUGCACUUUGGGGCAUGGAGAAAGAAAGAGUAAGGGGAAGCCAGGACUCUUAUAGAUUAAAUAAAAUGCUCAAUGAUGUGGCAUAAAAGUACUAAAUUCUACUGUAAAUGUAUAAUGAUUACUCAUUAUUUAGUCUUUGAUAAUUUAGUCUUCAAAAAGAUAAUUUUUCUGGGUCAAAAUCAUUUUUGUUUUCUUUCUUAAACAAAAUAACUUCAGAGAGUAUUUCUCCAGAUGCGUCCAAAAGGAGAAGAUUGCUGCUUCUGGUGAAUCUCCUGCUUUAGCAUUCAGUUGCUAAGCUGCAGGCACUUUCUUGUUCUCUUCAGCGAAGUGGAAACUUUAAGAGUCUGUAGUUUUGGAAACAAGAUGGAAUUCUUCCAAAUUUGUAUUCUGGGACAUUUAAGAACUUGGAUUUGACUUUACAGAAUGGUUUUACAUAAAAGACAAGACCAAGUCCUCAUGAGUUUAAAAUUUCAGGAAACUUUCGUAGAUCCAAGAUAAAGGCGGGGUGUAAAAACGAAAACAAAAGUAGCCAGAGUUAAAGAAACCCUGUGAUUUUUAUCCUCUGCACUCAAGACUGCUCCUCUUUGCUGGCUGAAACAGAUUGCAGUCAUGGCUUUGGAGCAGAACCAGUCAACAGAUUACUACUAUGAGGAAAAUGAGAUGAAUGGCACUUAUGACUACAGCCAGUAUGAAAUGAUCUGUAUAAAAGAGGAGGUCAGAAAUUUUGCAAAAGUUUUCCUCCCUGCCUUUUUCGCAAUAGCUUUCAUCCUUGGACUUGCAGGCAAUUCCAUAGUUGUGGCAAUUUAUGCCUAUUACAAGAAACAGAGAACCAAAACAGAUGUAUAUAUCCUGAAUUUGGCUGUGGCAGAUCUACUCCUCUUAUUCACUCUGCCUUUUUGGGCAGUUAAUGCAGUUCAUGGGUGGAUAUUAGGGAAAAUGAUGUGUAAAGCAACAUCAGCCUUAUACACAGUAAACUUUGUCUCAGGAAUGCAAUUUCUGGCUUGUAUCAGCAUAGAUAGAUAUUGGGCAGUAACUAAGGCUCCCAGCCAAUCAGGAGUGGGAAAACCUUGCUGGAUCAUUUGUUUCUGUGUCUGGACAGCUGCCAUCUUGCUGAGUAUACCCAACCUGUUUUUUUGUACAGUAAAUGACAACAUGAGGUGCAUUACCAUCUUUCCCCACCACCUAGGAAAAUACAUGAAAGCAUCAAUUCAAAUACUGGAAAUCUGCAUUGGAUUUGUCAUUCCCUUUCUUAUUAUGGGAGUAUGUUACUCUCUAACAGCAAGGACUCUCAUCAAGAUGCCAAACAUUAAAAAAGCCCGACCACUCAAAGUUCUGCUCACAGUUGUCUUAGUUUUCAUUGUAACUCAGCUGCCCUAUAACAUUGUCAAGUUAUGCCAAGCCAUCGACACCAUCUUCUUUCUGAUCACUGACUGUGACAUGAGCAAACGCAUGGAUGUUGCCAUCCAAAUCACAGAGAGCAUCGCACUCUUUCACAGCUGCCUCAACCCAAUCCUGUAUGUUUUUAUGGGAGCCUCUUUUAAAAAUUAUAUUAUGAAAGUUGCCAAGAAAUAUGGAUCCUGGAGAAGACAGAGACAAAAUGUAGAGGAGAUUCCUUUUGAUUCUGAGGGUCCUACAGAGCCAACCAGUUCUUUUACCAUUUAAAUGUAAAACUGUUCUACCUUUUGCUUGGAUACAUAAGAAUGAUGCUUUUCCUUUUGAUAAAAAAAAAUUGCAGGGAAUUUGAAAUUCAUAUCUCAAACACUGUUGCUGCAAAGAAGGAGAUGGGGUCAUGGUGGAGGUAGAAGCCAAAAAGGAGACAAUAAAUAUACAAAAUAUGAAAAUUAAAAUUGAUGAUAUAGGAAAUAGUAGUAAUAGGCAUAAAUCAAAGCACUAACAAGAAGAUCCUUGUGUGAUGGAAUGGUUUUUAUAUCUUGAUUAUACUAUUGGUUACACAAAUCUAUAAUGUUAUAUAUUGAAAAAGAUUUCUAUAUGCAUUGUAACAAUUUCAACUUCCUGAUUUUGAUUUUCUACUAUAAUUAUUAUUAUUGGGUUCAUCUAUGGGUGAAGGCUACCCAAGAUCACUCUGUACUAUCUUUGUAACUUCUUGUAGAUUUCUAAUAAUUUCAAAAUAUAAAAGGUUUAAAAAGAAAAACACACUAUACUAGAAGUUUGGAAAUCUAAAACUGAUUAAUAAAAAGGCUUAUGUUUAAAAGGCA